AUGGAAAUGAAAAACAAUCGAGUUGCCUUUGAGGAAUUUGGCGGGGACAUCAAAAAGCUAAUUGGAUACAAACGCAUCACUGGUCACAUGGUGUUUGAUGUCAAACUUGGUGAGAACUUCCGACGAAAGGCUCGAUAUUGCGCUGAUGGACACAGAACAGAAGCGCCAGCAGCACUGACAUACAGCACUGUGGUAGCCCGAGAUUCUGUGCGAAUAUUACUCACCAUUGCAGCAUUGAAUGGUUUGGAUGUCCAGUGCGCUGAUAUUCAAAAUGCUUUCCUCACCGCACCCAAUCUUGAAAAAUGUUACAUGAUUGCGGGCCCUGAAUUUGGAGACGAAGAGGGCAAAACAUUCAUUGUUAGGCGAGCAUUAUAUGGUUUGAAAUCUGCUGCAUUAGCAUUCAGCUCCAGCCUGAAAGCUACUUUGGAGCGGGUGUCAAAAGAAAGGUUUUAG